UCAAAAGAAUCUUUCUUUCUAUUACUGAAAAUCGAGAAUAGAAAGAAAACUGCAUGCAGAUGAAGUUUCUUUCUCAAGUUGCUGCCUUCAGUGUGCCUCUCCCUCUUAGUUUCUUUCUCAAGUUGAUUUCAACAACUCCGCCGUGGGGUCUUUGACUUUCUUUCUUUUUUAAUCGCCCCGUGUCCUUUCUGAAAAGUGGGUCCCAGUCUGUUUCUUUUUCAUUUCUUUCUCCUUACGCAUGAACCCCCAGAGAAAACAGAGACGGUGAGCUCGAUCGGAACCUCUAUGACUUUGCCCAUCAACGAAUUUUGACUCUUAUUUGAUUUUCAGCUGUCAUUGUGCUGCAAGGAGUCCCAUAGUCAAGUUCCAUCUUGCCGGCAUUUAUUUAGCUUUAGCAAUGGUUCUUGUUGGGUCUUUGCAACUGUCCUAUCAUCUGGGACCGUGGAGAAAUUAUUUGCAUGAAGAAAAUCUGAAGUUUACAUCCCAGAGCUAUGGCAUCCGGCUUCUGAAUGUAGCCAGUUCAUCAUCUCUUUUGUUUCAGAAGGACACUUGGAGCACUCAUUUAUUUAGCAUGAAAUACCCACCUAAUUACACUGUGCCUUCCAGAUACAAUGUAUUCAGGUGCCAGUCAUCAUUGAUGACAAACCAACCACUGGAUCUUCCUGGGAUGAAGGCUUCUAUAGUGACAUUGACGAGGUUUUGUAAUGUAUUAGGUGGUUGUCCUCCUUCAGUGAUUAAGUUAGUUCCCCCAGUUUGUAUUAUAAUAUUUGCUGUAUGGGGUCUUGGACCAUUUUUGCGUCAUACAAGAAGCCUAUUCCAUAAUGAUAGUAACUGGAAGAAAAGUCGGACGUAUAAUGUCAUGACCUUGUAUCUUCAACCAUUAUUGCUAUGGACUGGAGCCACACUUAUUUGCAGAGCUUUAGAUCCUGUAGUUUUACGUACAGAGUCCAGCCAAGUUGUGAAGCAACGAGUGUUGAAUUUUGUUAGGUCAUUGUCCACUGUGCUGGCCUCUGCAUAUUGUUUAUCUAGCAUGAUUCAACAAGCACAGAAAUUCUUCUCAGAGAAUACUGAAUCCAGUGACGCCAGAAAUAUGGGCUUUCAAUUUGCUUGGAAAGCUGUAUACUCCGCAGUAUGGGUUGCUGCUAUCUCAUUGUUCAUGGAGCUAUUGGGCUUUUCAACCCAAAAAUUGCUUACAGCUGGAGGUCUUGGGACCGUAUUGUUGACAUUAGCUGGCCGUGAGAUUUUCACCAACUUUCUUUCAAGUGUGAUGAUUCAUGCAACUCGUCCUUUUGUUGUUAACGAGUGGAUCCAAACAAAGAUUGAGGGCUACGAAGUUUCUGGUACUGUUGAGCACGUAGGGUGGUGGUCGCCAACAAUCAUUAGAGGUGAAGAUCGUGAAGCAGUUCACAUACCAAACCAUCAAUUUACCAUGAAUGUCGUUAGAAAUCUCAGUCAAAAAACUCACUGGCGGAUUAAAACCCACCUUGCCAUCAGCCAUUUGGACGUCAAUAAAAUCAACAACAUUGUCGCAGACAUGCGUAAAGUCUUGGCAAAGAACCCUCAAGUUGAACAACAGAGAUUGCAUAGAAGAGUAUUUUUGGAAAACGUGGAUUCUGAAAAUCAGGCACUUUUGAUUUUGAUAUCUUGUUUUGUCAAGACUUCACAUUUUGAAGAAUACCUAUGUGUAAAGGAAGCUAUAAUUUUGGAUCUUCUUAGAGUCAUUAGGCACCACGGGGCUCGACUUGCCACGCCAAUCCGCACAAUGCAGAAGAUGCAUAGUGAUUCAGACUUGGAAAGUGUUCCAUUUUCUGAUUCAAUAUUUGGCCACCGUGGUGCAACUUUGAAUCGCCGCAUGCUAAUGAUUGAGCCUCCUUAUAAAGUUCAUGGAGAAGAUAGAAAACAAAGCCAUAGCAGGACAUCACGCACAACUGGAGAACAAAAUGGUAAGCCCAUUGCACGGUCAUCGGGUGACAGCAAAGCAGCUAAAGAGACAAUGUCAUCUGAUAGAAAGACAGAAGUAAAGACUGGAGGAGACGCUGAUACAAAAAAGCAUUCCAAAGUUUCAAUGUCAGUCUCUGAAGACAAAUCAAGCAAUGAACUGAAACAUAAACCAUCAUCAAAGUCUGCUGCAAGUACCUCUGAUAUGCCAACUUCUGAUGCCAAACCAACUAAAUCAGAUGCUGAUAAUUCAUUGGAAGAUUCCAGUCCCAAGCAAUCCGAAGACAGCUUUGGAAGUAACAUGCAGAACUUCAAGCCUUCCCUUCCUGCUGUUUCCUCUCCGGAAGAUGUUAAGAAACCUGGAGGAACUACUUCAGCAGCAGCUUCACAGCAAAGAAUCGUAGGUGAGCAGACAACAGUUCCAAAUCCAUCAACAAAGAAGCCUGGCGUGGAAGAGAAUAUAAUUCUUGGUGUUGCUUUGGAUGGCCCUAAGAGAACACUUCCUAUUGAGGACAAUUUACCUACUGCCGCAUCAGGAGCAAAAGAUUUGGCUGUAUUCAAUGGAGCAACAAUGGCAGAUAAGAAUACGAAAUGUCAGUCUCCUUCAUCUCCUACCACAUCUUCUAGUGAACAGUGAGACUAGUUUGAUGCAGGGGAUCGAGAUAAGUAAACAACUUUUUUGACAGAGAAGUUUGCAUUGAGGCCCUUUGAAGCUGCCUUUUUUUCAGUGCUGCAACAAAGUAUUCUCACCUGACUACAGUUUGUUUGCAACGGAAUUAGUGUAGGGCAUGAAUGUACAUUGGUGUUGUUUUAACUCUUGUUUCACUGAAUUCUGAAACAACAAGCUGAUUACUUUCGGGAGAAGCGGCCAUUGAUGACAACACUUCAUUUUAAAGAAGUUUCUGUUGCAGUUUCUUGAUAUAGAGCUUACGCUUUGUACAUAAAACCUGUAUCUUGUGAACUAUAAAUUAUGUGUACUAACAAAGGAUAUGCUGCAUUGAAUCAAAUGCCUUUUGUUGAAGGAUC